AAAAGAUCGCAUAUUCUUUGCACUGAUUCGAAUUAAAAAACAUGUUCAAGUUAUUAUUUACGUUGUGUUCGGUGUUCUUCUUCGGCGACGCCUCGUUUGUUGGCUCGCUGACUAAAUGUAGUAUAAACGAUAGUCUGUGCCAAAAAAAACUUUACCAAUCACUUAUAAGACAUAUUGGCAAAAGCGGUGUGGAGGAAUUGGGGAUUCCUCCUGUGGACCCUCUGGAGCUGAAGAAUGUGUCCGUGGCUAUCGUAGGGAUGCUUGAUAUCAGUUUAGAACAUGGAAUAGUCAGAGGAGCUAAAGACUGCUUGCUAAAUAAUGUUACAACCGACCUUCCCAACGGACACCUUUACAUGGAUAUGACAUGCGACUUCACGGUGAAAGGACACUACAAAGCUUUUUCAUCGAGUCCCUUGAUCAAGUCUGUAUUGGGAGGAGAAUUCGUCCGCGCCGAUGGAGUAGGAAAAGUCAGAGUGGAAAAACUUCACUUGAAAUUAGACUUCGCAAUCUAUGCCCACAAGGAUGAUGACGGAGAAAUUUAUUUGACAUCUAAGUACGAUGAAACAAAGUAUGAUUUUGAAAUAUUGGGCAAACUCGUAUUCGCUGCAAACAACAUAUUUAUGGAAGAACAAGAUAUAAGUGCACUCGCCGUCAGUUUACUCAACCAGGCCGGUAAGAGUAUGGCUCCAUAUUUUGGAAGAGCUUUUAUGGAUAAAGCUCUAGAAUAUGUUUACGCUUUCUGUGGAAGAUUCUUCGAAGUUGUACCAGCGAGAUAUUACAUUAAAGAUGAUCUCACCCCGUUUUUAUCACAGUAACAUAAUUAUUAAGUAAUUAAAAACAUUGUUUUAAUGGAAUAUUACUUAAGGGCGGAAAUUAAAAUAAGUACCAACACA